AGUUGGUGAGAUCAACGGCGACCUUCUCAUCUACCAUGUCCUGCUCACCCUCAAGCCUUUCUACAACAAACCUUUUGAGCUCUUCAUUGACUUCACGCACACAUGCUCCGAGAACAGAUUCAGGACGGACUUCCUGAACAAGUGGUUUGUGGUGAUGCCGGAGAACGUGUACCAGAACAUCACGGCGGCCUACAUCUACAACUGCAACUCGUGGGUCAGGGAGUACACCAAGUACCACGACCGGAUCCUCUCCUCCCUCAAGAACAAUCGUAAGUUGAUCUUCAUCGACCACCCUGCCAAGCUGAGUGAGCACAUUGAGCCUGACAACCAGAAGUUGCCGGGGACAACCAUGUCGCUGGAGGAGGACCUCAAGGUCUUCAACAACGCCCUCAAGCUGUCGCACAAGGACACCAAGGUCGCCAUCAAGGUGGGCCCUGCUGAACCUGGGUAGCUCUGACCCCAGCCUGCGGUCAGCCGCCUACAAUCUGCUCUGUGCCCUCACCCAGACCUUUGACCUCAAGAUUGAGGGACAGCUGCUGGAGACGAACGGUCUGUGCAUCCCGGCCAACAACACCAUCUUCAUCAAGUCUAUCAGCGAGAAGCUGUCCACCAAAGAGCCUCACCUGACCCUCGAGUUCCUGGAGGAGUGCAUCCAGGGCUUUGGCAACUCCAACAUUGAGAUGAAGCAUUUGUGUCUGGAGUACAUCACACCCUGGCUACCCAACCUCACAAG